AUGCCUUAUGUUAAAGCCUUCAUGAAAGAAGUCUUUAGAAUACAUCCAAGCCCAUUGGGCAAUGUACGUGUCCUCGCGAAACCUAUUCUCCUUAGUGGGUAUCAUAUUCCAGCUGGGGUUCUGAUUAUUCUUUCGGCGGUAGCGACAGAAUCCAUUCAAGAGAAGUCCUAUGGACCCGACUUCGCAACGUUUGCUCCCAAGCGUUGGCUUCGCAGUUCAACUAGAAGUAUCCAUCCUUUCGCAUCACUUCCUUUCGGCUUCGGGCCUCGCAUGUGCAUUGGCAAACGAUUUGCCGAAAUGGAAAUGGCCGUUUUUCUCAUCCGCUUGUUGCAGAAUUACGAGGUAGUGGACAGCAAGCUUAAAGAAGACCAAGUAGAAUGGUAUUUCAACGUCGUCCAUACUCCAACCAAACCAUAUAACUUAAACUUAAAGAAUAGGGUUUAA